ACAAUCCCGAUCAUCAAAGGUAGCGUCCAACCCGUUGCGCCUGUGACCACCGACCGGCCUUGGCUCUAACAAGCUACCUCUAUACGUCAGUCCGCAAAGUCCAUUGCAGCCGAGUUAACUUCGAUUCCGCGGGGUCGCUUCCAUGCGCCACCUCUUGCCAUGACCGAGUGAGCGUUGUCGGCCUGUCUAAGCUUUGCCAGGUCGAGCUCUUGCAAGUUCACUUUCCCUUGAAACCGACCUCCACAUCGCCCUCUCCUUCGGCUCUCCGCUCUCCUCGACUUUCCACGACGUCCCCCCGAUCACACGAGCGACGCUCUACUUUUACCAAGCCACUGCGUCCAUCAUCUUGUCGGCCUCAGUGGCCACACAGCAACCUCCAAAAUGUUAGGACUCGAGAACGGAGAUCUGGCUCUCGCCAAUAUGACGAACGCCCCCGACCCUGUUGCCGCUGCCGAGCCGUACGCCAUACUGAGGCAAGAGGUGGAGCUAGACAUCAACUUCAGGGAGAAGAGCGUCAGCGGCAUUUGCACAUUCAAGAUCUAUCCCUUGGUUCCCGACCUUGAGGAACUCGUCCUGGACACGCGGCAAUGCGAAAUCGACGUCGCAAACAUCACGGUGGACGGCUACAAGACACGGGCGCAGGCUCAUGAUCCAUACGAUCGAAUGGAGCCUCCCACGAAUGCUCAAAUCGGUGCCACUCAGCAUCACAUAAUGAAGAAAUGGAUGGCGCCACUACUGCCAGAGACACGCCGCCAGGCUCCCAUCGUGGAAAGGGCAGAACAGCUUAACAUCAGUGUGCCGGCUGAUGGGUCCCUCAGGAUUCGUCUCCGCCCGGACGCUCUUAUCCAGGACGCUGAGCCGAAACGCAUUCUCAAGCUCAAAACCGCCAAGUCGGUAUCGGACAACGCGACAGGCCUGUCAGACCCGAAUGAGGAAAUCACGGUGGUUGUGCCCUUCAGGUCCAAGACGAUUAGAGAUGGCCUGCACUUUGUCGGCGUUGAGGAAGGUGACCUGAGAUACCCACACGUUUACACUCGGCAUUCGCUUGAGCCUGGUACGGCGUCUUGCAUCUUCCCUUGCCUCGAUGAUCCCGGCUCUAGGCAUUCAUGGACAAUCAAAAUCACAUGCCCCAGGACGCUGGGGGAUGCCUUCGCACAGCCUUUGGCUACCCAAUCAGCACUGUCAACUUCUCUGGAUGCCAGUCGAAAACGCAAAGCCUCGGAAAUUUCCACACACCAGCCAGGCUCAUCUUUCACCGAAGAGGACAAGCUAAGGGAGAUUACCGUGGUCUGCUCUGGCAAUCUUACUGGCGAGCAGAUGCACCCCACGGAUGAGCACAAGAAGACCAUGAUUUUUGAGUGCGUUAACACCGCUGCUAGGCACAUCGGUUUCGCCGUUGGCCCCUUUGAGCACGUCGAUCUCGGGGCAGAGUUUAGAACUGAGGAGGCGGAUGAGAAGCUCGGGGCUAAUGCAGCCAGAAUCCACGGCUAUUGCCUCCCCGGCCGUGUCGAGGAAGUUCGGUGGACAUGCCAAGCCGUCGUGGCUGCUGCCGACUUUUUCGCCCCCGAGUUCGGCCGUUAUCCUUAUGAAGCCUACAAGAUGUGCUUUGUCGAAGACUUGGUUCACGACACGGCGGUUGCAAACUCCUUAUCCUUGUGCAGUACGCGUUUGCUGUACCCCGAAACAAUCAUAGAUACGGAUAUUGAGGUUACCAGGAAGCUCGUCCAUGCCCUCGCCAGUCAGUACGUGGGGGUGCACAUCGUGCCAAAUGAGCGGUCCGACACUUGGCUUAUCAUUGGUCUCCAGUGGUUCAUGACAGAUCUUUUCAUGAGGACCAUCUGCGGAAACAACUGGUAUCGUUUCCAUAUCAAGUCGCUUUCCGACAAGCUUGUCGAGGCGGAUGUGAGGAGACCCUCAUUGCAUGCUCUGGGCGAUUACCUUCACCUCGGCGACUUUGAGCUCGAGUUUAUGGCGCUCAAGGCCCCACUUGUCCUUUACAUCUUGGAUCAGCGUAUGUCCAAGAUUCCUGGCUCGACAGGUGUCGUCCGCGUUUUGUCCCAGAUGGUUUCGGCCGCCAAUAUCUCCAACACGGACCCCAAGGCUACUACCCUCUCUUUUCAGGACUUCCGUCGAUGGUGCGAGAAACGCAGUCAAUACGUUCCCGAUGAGCUUUGGGAUCAAUACGUGUUUGGUGGGGGUUGCCCGAGACUGGAUAUUCACCAAAAAUUCAACAAGAAGAAUCUCAACGUCGACAUCCAAAUUCUACAAUUCCAAGGACCGACCAAGAAAAGUAUCUCGAAGGACGAAUUCUGGAGGGAGUUGCAAGAGGAGAUUCACCAGGUCUAUGCCGGCGACGUUCCUAAGCUUUUCACUGGUCCAUUCACCGUCCGAAUUCACGAAGCAGACGGUACACCUUAUGAGCACUACCAGCUGAUUACCGAGAAAGAUAAAGGUGGGACAAAUUUGCAGAUCGCGUACAAUACGAAGUACAAGCGUCUCAAAAGAACCAAAAAGGCUAUGGCCGCGGCUGCCAACAGCAAUAGUGACAAACACGAGAUCCAGGAGGACGAUGUUGUCUACUUUAACAUGUUGGGCGAUGUCUUGACCAGCCAAAAGGACAUGGAGGAUUGGGGGUUGCAAGACUGGGCUCCGGAGGUACAAACCAAGAUGGAUCAAGAGUCAUAUGAAUGGAUCAGGCUAGACGCCAACAUGGAGUGGCUUUGCUUCAUGAAGACCGAUAUGCAGGAGUACAUGUAUCUGGCACAAUUGCAGCAGGACCGAGACGUCGUGGCCCACCAGGAUGCGAUGCUCGCUUUCAAGAGGGAAAAGAGGCAUGCGGUUCACUCGACGAUCGAGACGCGGACUGUGAUGGACCGUAGAUAUUACCAUGGUGUCCGAGUUAUGGCUCUGGAGGACCUUGCCAAGCAGGCCCAUCCUGACUUGAACUACAUCGGUAUGGUCCAUCUCAUCCUCUGUUUCCGGAAGUUUUUCUGCAAGAAGGUACCAAUUCCCGGCAAGAAGGAUGCCUACAACUACCCCAUCGCCCCCAACGAUUUUACCGACAAAGGCCAGUAUGCCAUCCAGUGUGCGAUUCCUGCGGUGCUUGCACGGACGACGGACCUGCAGGAGAAGGGAAGAUGCUCCAAGAGGGCUCGGCAGUUCAUCAUGGAGAUGCUCCUGUUCAAUGACAAUUCGGAGAAUGAGUUUUCGGACCAGUUCUACAUCGCCAAGCUCCUCGAUGCUCUCACCACGUCUUUGAUCCCACAGAAAGAGAUUACCGAGGGGUAUCUUAUCAAAAAUCUCGACCCUUUCGACGACGACGAUGCGGAAUUCAAAAGCUUCAUUGAGAAGACCAUCGAAGAGAUCGACAAGUUUCGCAGGAUGGAUGAAUGGACCCUAACAUAUCAGAACAUCUGGACGACAACGGCUCUUCACUGCAAGAUGAGGCUCAUGAAGGCUCGUGUCAUCCCUGAAUCGGCCCUCGACUUCGUUCAGUACCUCCAGGACGACAACAUUGAUCUUGUCCGGAUCAAGGCGUUUGAGUGCCUGGUUGAGCUUGGAAUGAUCUCCAAGCCUCCUAUUCUCAAGCUUCUGCUUUCAUACAUGAGCACCGAUAGCUCGCCCUUCGUCCGCGAUCGGUUGUUCAAGGUCUUUUGCCGGGGAAUUGCUGCCAUUGCGUUUGGCGAGAACAAAGCUUCGACACAGGAACUUGAAGCUCUUGAUGAUGGAGGCCUUGUCAUUGACCAAGGCGACGCAGAGAUCCAGCAACGGAAGCUCGAUGCAGUGCGUAGGGAGGACAUCACCCACGCUCUUAAUGCGCUCAAAGAAGAGCUGAAGGGGAACAUGGAGAUGCAAAUAUCUAUGUGGAAGGCUUUCAAUUCUCCUGUCAUUGGCCUACAGGAGAAGCGCCAACUAUUGGAGCUCUGCUCGGCCAUGUUUGAACCGGAAGAUUCUUUACUUGUUACUAUCAAGUAUCCCAUAGUAUGGAAAGCCACUCGCGACCCGACUAUUGUCGCCGCUGCACCACCAGUCCUUGGAACUCCGCCCAAGAAGAGAUGUAUCAUCAAAUUCAAAUCGGAGUACCGGACGGUUCCUAGGAGUAAGGAUGUGGUUGCGAUCGAAGCUCCACUGCCUCCGGCGCCAUUAUCGGCCCCGGUACCGUCGACCAACUUGUCGGCUGCCAGGGUAGAGAUCAAGCCGCCUGAGAAGAAGACAAUCGUGAAGCUACAAUCACGACCAUCGUACAUUGCUAAACCUAGGGAGUCACCAGCCCCAGAGGCUCCCCCACCAGUACGGAAGGACUCUAUCGCAGUGACCGUGCCUCCUCGGCCUUCUACGACUGCCGGUCCGCGCACUCCCUUGCCCACAUCAGUUCCAAGUGCUCCCGCACCCAAUCCACCCGUCGCUCAGCCUGUCAUCAAGACAUCUGUGCCAAAAGCGGCUUCACCCCCCCCCGUGCCUGCACCCAAACCCCAGCAGUCCAACGACGUUGCUGCGCCAAAGCCUAGCACUGUCAUCUUGGGCAAGCCAAAGAUCGUCAAGCCGGUCAUCAAGCGCAAGAGUGACGAGUCACUUGAAGGAGCCAGCCCGAAGAAGAUCAUCAAGACCAACAACGACUCCUUCCGGAGCGAUCCUUCUCGCAAUAACUCGUUCAAGACAGACUCUCCCCGCAGCGAGUCCUUUAAGAAAGAGGCUCCUCGGAUCGAAACUAUCAAGGGCCAUUUUUCUCGCGAAUCCGCGCCCCAGAUUCCGCCUUCCCGCACAUCCUCAUUCUCCGUCCGUCCCAACGCCAACGGCCGGCCCUCCAAAGUCGUCACGGUACCAUUUAGGAAAUGGACCAAGCUGUCUGCCCGCGCCCAGCGCAGCAUCGACUACGAACAAAGUCAGCGCGAAAAGCAAAUGCUUGCCGCCAGCGCCAGCGGCAUCUCCGGCAGUCUUGCCACGCCCGUCCACAAGCGGUCGAGCGCCGCGGUGGGAUUCAGCAGCGGGUCGGCGCCUUCAUCCCCUAAGAGCCGGAUGCAGUCGCCUGCCGGUAAUGGAUACGGCUCGUCUGGAUCAUAUGCUGAGAAGGAGCAGCGGAGUAAGGACCGGGAGAGGGAGAGGGAACGAGACAGGGACAGGGAGAAAGACAGCAGCAAGUUCCGGGAGAAGGAUCGCGACAGUGACAGGGAGCGAUACCGUGGUGGUGCCGAGAGAGAAAAGGAGAAGUACAGGGAGAGGGAGCGGGACCGCGAUAGUGAUCGCGAGCGUGAGCGUCCCCGCGAGAAGGAGCGCGACAAAGACAAGUAUCGGGAACGAGAUCGGGAUAGCGAUCGUGAGCGCGACCGACCCCGUGACAAGUACAGGGAGAAGGCCGAUCGCGGCGAUAGCGACAGGGGCGGCCGCACCACCGACAGUGACCGGGAACGGAACCGCGGCGAUCGGGAUCGGGAACGGGAACGCGAGAGGAGUGACCGUGAUCGCGAGAGGACUGACCGCGAGAGGGAGCGGAUCCGCGACAAGUACCGUGAUCGAGCAGACCGCGAUAGCGAUCGGGAAAGCGGCAGCAGCUACAAGGAUCGUGAUCGGGAGCGCGACCGUGACCGUGACCGCGACCGUGAUAGAGACAGGGAUCGCGACCGUGGUGAUCGGGACCGAGAUCGAGACCGUGACCGAGGAGAUCGCGACAGGGUAUCAUCCUCCGGCUCAAGCCUCCUCAUCAAAAAGGACAGAAAACCGCUGCCAGGAUCAGGAGAAAAAGAGAGGAGACCAUUACCCUCUGGAGCACCCGGCCAAGAACGCGAAAAGGCUCCGCAUCCCCUCAAGGAGUCCCAUUCCCCGAUUCAUCCGACUCCUGCUGCUACAAAUGGGGCAGAGCCAAAGAAGAAGAUUAUCAAGCUCAAGUUGAAGAGUAGCGGUAGUGGACUCGGUGGUGGUUCGUCUUCGGCGACGCCUGGUGCCGGUGGUGGAUCUCGUUAGACGCGGGAUAGAGGGGAACUUCAUGGUGAAGAGGAAGAACAGGGUGGACAGGGAAAGCAGAGACGACUACCGCGUAUAGUAGUAGUUGGGAAGCAUGCCUGGAAGGCAAAGGCAUGGGCGAAGUAUUCGCUUACGAGAGGACGUUGAUCGAAGGGCAUUUAAAUGAUGUUUGCUCAGGGUCUGCAGAGUUGGUUGAGGUUGAGGUGAGGUGAAGUGGUUAAACGAGAUAAGGAAGGGUGGUUUUUUGCUUGC